ACACAGGAAGAUCACACCAUCCCUCACCAUCGUCAGAUUGAUGUACCAAUUGACAUGAAAAUGGAAGUUAAAGAGGAAGAACAGACGUUUGUGAGAGAAUUUAAAGAAGAAGAUGAUGUCAUAAUACAACACUCUACAGAAGUAAAGGAUGUUACUCAAAAUCUACAUCCAGGACUUUACCAUGAAAACAGAUCAUCACAUCUGUCUAAUACUCAAUCUUCUCCUAAUAAGUCCCGUACUGUUUCCAAAAAAGUACAACCAAGAAAUAGCAGUGUGGAUAGAUCCUCUGAUCCCUCUAAACCUCCUGGGAUUACUUCUGGUAGUUUAGAUAAUGAUAUACUUGGAGAAGAUAACAAGUCCCCAUCCUCUGAAGCUGAUAAAUGUCUAAUAUCAAAAUCAUUGCUUGCUGUAAAUGAAAGGACAAACAAACCCGAAGUACCAUAUCCAUGUUCCGAGUGCGGGAAAGGUUUCACUUCGAAACAGGACCUCCUUAGACACCAGAGAAGCCACACGGGUGAGCGACCUUUUCCCUGUCCAGUGUGUGGGAAAAGUUUCGCCCAGAAAGGAGACCUUCUUAGACACCAGAGGACUCACACAGGCGAGCGCCCUUAUUCAUGCUCAAUUUGCAGCAAAUCUUUCAGCCGUAGGGGGCACCUUCUUACCCACCAGAGAGCACAUACCGGCGAGCGUCCUUUUUCGUGUUCGCAGUGCGAGAAAUCUUUCGCUCAGAAAGCAGCAUUCGUUAUUCACCAGAGAAGUCACACGGGGGAACGUCCUUAUUCAUGUACGGAGUGCGGCAAAUGUUUUGCACAAAAAAAGUUACUUACUAUCCACAAGAGAAGUCACACCGGUGAGCGUCCUUUUUCUUGUACAGAGUGUGGGAAACUUUUCACUUACAGAGGAGACCUUCUUAGACACCAGAGGAGUCACACGGGGGAGCGUCUUUUUUCGUGUAGCACUUGUGGCCAGUCUUUCUUCCGGAAAGGGCACCUUCUUACCCACCAGAGGAGACACACGGGUGAGCGGCCGUAUCCAUGUUCGUAUUGUGAGAAGUCUUUUGCGUAUAAAGCUGCAAUUGAUGCUCAUCAAAGAGUCCACACGGGCGAGCGUCCUUUUUCAUGUUCAGAGUGCGGGAAAUGUUUCACUCAGAAAGGAGUACUUACUGCACACCAGAGAAGACACACAGGCGAGCUUCCUUUUUCCUGUUCGGAGUGUGGGAAAGGUUUUGUAGAGAGAGGACGCUUCCUUAGACACCAGAUAAAACACGCAGAGUCCAGGGAAGGUUUUGCUUUGAAAGGAAAUGCGGAUCCCUUCAAGAAUGCAACAGUUGACAAUCAGCCACCCCUCACGUCACUGGGUAAGAGGAGACUUUAUUGUAAAGGAGAGAGCAGUACGGAGGGUCCAACUAGAUCCCCCCAUCAUCUGAUAAACACAUAG